CGCCGCCCCAGCCCCGCGCCGCCGGCACCGCCCGACCCGCCCGGAGGUCCCGCGUGGAGCCACCGCCGCGGAGGAGGAUGAAGGACAAACAGAAGAGGAAGAAGGAACGCACGUGGGCCGAGGCCGCGCGCCUGGUAUUAGAAAACUACUCAGAUGCUCCAAUGACACCAAAACAGAUUCUACAGGUCAUAGAGGCAGAAGGAUUAAAGGAAAUGAGAAGUGGGACAUCCCCUCUUGCGUGCCUCAAUGCCAUGCUACAUUCCAACUCAAGAGGAGGAGAAGGGCUGUUUUAUAAAUUACCUGGUCGAAUCAGCCUUUUUACACUGAAGAAGGAUGCCCUGCAGUGGUCUCGAAAUACAGCUGCAGUAGAGGGAGAGGAGCCAGAGGAUUCAGCUGAUGUGGAGAGCUGUGGGUCUAAUGAAGCCAGCACUGUGAGUGGUGAAAAUGAUGUGUCUCUUGAUGAAACAUCUUCAAAUGCAUCCUGUUCUACAGAAUCUCAGAAUCGAUCCCUUUCCAGUCCCAGGGACAACUAUAGAGCUUCCUCUCAGGCAAACAAACAAAAGAAAAAGGCUGGAGUGAUGCUGCCUCGAGUUGUUCUGACUCCUCUGAAGGUAAACGGGGCCCACGUGGAAUCUGCAGCAGGGUUCACGGGCCGCCACGCCGAUGGCGAGAGUGGCAGCCCGUCAAGCAGCAGCAGCGGCUCUUUGGCCCUGGGCAGCGCUGCUAUUCGUGGCCAGGCCGAGGUCGCCCGGGACCCUGCCCCGCUCCUGAGAGGCUUCCGGAAGCCGGCCACAGGUCAAAUGAAGCGUAAUAGAGGGGAAGAGAUAGAUUUUGAGACUCCUGGGUCUAUUCUUGUGAACACCAACCUCCGGGCCCUGAUAAACUCUAGGACCUUCCAUGCCUUGCCAUCACACUUCCAGCAGCAGCUCCUCUUCCUCCUGCCUGAAGUAGACAGACAGGUGGGAACAGAUGGCCUGUUGCGCCUCAGCAGUAGUGCACUUAAUAAUGAGUUUUUCACCCAUGCAGCUCAGAGCUGGCGGGAACGCCUGGCUGAUGGUGAAUUUACCCAUGAGAUGCAAGUCAGGAUUCGACAGGAAAUGGAGAAGGAAAAGAAGGUGGAACAAUGGAAAGAAAAGUUCUUUGAAGACUACUAUGGACAGAGAUUGGGUUUGACCAAAGAAGAAUCAUUGCAGCAGAAUGUGAGCCAGGAGGACACUGAAAUCAAGAGUGGCUUGCGUGUCCCAGGAGAAUCACCACAGCCACAGCGUGGUCCAGUGACCCGCCGAGAUGGGCAUUUUAAGAAACGAUCUCGGCCAGAUCUCCGAACCAAAGCCCGAAGGAAUCUGUGCAAAAAACAGGAGCCAGAACAAGCAGGGGUUGCUAAAGAUGCAAACUCUGUGGCACCAGACAUUCUACUGUCCGAGGAUGGGCAGGCUAAACCUGGCACAGCCAGGGUGAGCAGUACCCCCGUGCCAGGUGUAUCCUCUUCAGCAUCUGGCCCAGGGGUUCCUCAAUGCCCUGGUGAACUUGUGGCUUCCCACAUCCAGAUGGAGCCAGAUAACUCGACACAUGCCUCUGCAUCUCCAGACAGAAUUCCAUGCUUGUCUCAGGAUAUUGUGGAUCAGGAACCCAAGGAUCAGAAGAGAAAGUCCUUUGAGCAGGCGGCCUCUACAUCCUUUCCCGAAAAGAAGCCCCGGCUUGAAGAUCGUCAGUCCUUUCGUAACACAAUUGAAAGUGUUCACACCGAAAAGCCACAGCCCACUAAAGAGGAGCCCAAAGUCCCGCCCAUCCGGAUUCAACUUUCACGUAUCAAACCACCCUGGGUGGUUAAAGGUCAGCCCACUUACCAGAUAUGCCCCCGGAUCGUCCCCAUCACAGAGUCCUCUUGCCGGGGCUGGACUGCUGCCAGGACCCUCGCAGACAUUAAAGCCCGUGCUCUGCAGGCCCGAGGGGCGAGAGGCCACCACUGCCAUGGAGAGACGACCACCACUGCUAUCGGAGGGGGGGGUGGCCCGGGUGGAGGUGGCGGCGGGGCCACCGAUGAGGGAGGUGGCAGAGGCAGCAGCAGUGGUGAUGGUGGUGAGACCUGUGGCCACCCUGAGCCCAGGGGAGUCCCGGGCACCCCCAGAGAGUGUGCGUCAGAUCUACAGCGAGCACAACUACUGCCGCCUUGUCCUCUGAAUGGAGAGCACACACCGGCUGGAACUGCCGUGUCCAGAGCUAGGAGAGAAGACUCAGCUUCUCACAGAAAGGAGGAAAACUGCCCACUGCAGAGGGUUCCAGGUGUACUCACAAGUGGGCUGGAUGAUGCCUCCCAGCCCCCGAUUGCUCCCACUGGAGACCAGCCAUGCCAGGCUUUACCGUCCCUGUCAUCCCAAACCCCAGUGACUGAGAGGUUAGCAGAGCACCUUGAUUUGCAUCAAGAUACUAGAACCGAGUCUGAGUCUGGUACCAUUUCCUGGGAAAUGGAUCAUGGGAAACAAGGAGCCACUGUUCCUCUAAACAAUGGUUCUGUGCAGUCUCUAGUGGGAGAUACAUUAGCAGAAGGAACUGGCCAGACUGUCAACAGUAUUCCUAUCAUGAAGGAUCCUGUAAACGUGACCCCCAGUUCCACAUCUGAAUCAUCACUGACUGGCUCCCUGCAGGACAGACCAUUUGAUGAUGAAUUAGGACUUCGUGACUCGGGCCCAUCCAUGAGGGAAAGUUACAGUAGACAGGAAACUUUGAGAAGUGAGGCUCUCACUUCUGGUAAUGCUGCUCUUUGGAGUCCCAUCUUGUUGAAUGACAAGGUAAUGAACCCAUCUGAGCCAGAAUCCAGAGAAAAUGUACCAUCCAUGGAGCCCCAGGCUGUAGAACAGUGGGGAAAAGCUGCUCCCUUUAUUGCCAUGUUAUCUAGGGGCUUGGCAGCUGAGGAGGGUGUGGCUCCCCCUGACAAUUGUGCUUCACUCUGGACUGUGCGACCUCAAGGAGCCAUGGGUGACACUGACACGGAGGACAAGCAGGUAGACAGUGAAAAGCUGAAAUCAAAUGGAGACCCUGAAGCACUGAGUCCUCAUAGCGAAUCCACAGAUACAGCAUCUGACUUUGAAGGCCACCUGACUGAGGAUAGCAGUGAGGCUGACACUAGUGAAGCCACAGUGAAGAAGGGAUCCUUGGUAGAAAAGGAUCCCAAGCAUGAUUGGAACCAGUCUGCCUCCCUGUCUAAGAUACACAGUGACCUGGGUCUGGUUACAAGGACAGAGGGAGUGGUUACUUCUCAGAGCUGGGUUUCUCGAGUAUGUGCAGUACCCCAGAAAAUCCCAGACUCCCUCCUGCUGGCCAGUAGCGAGUACCAGCCAAGACCCAUGUGCUUAGCCAGGCCUGGGGCAACAGUGGAGGCCAACAACCCGCUUGUGAUGCAGCUGCUACAGGGUAACUUGCCCCUAGAGAAGGUUCUUCCUCCAGCCCAUGGUGGCAGCAAGCCAGAAUCCCCACCACUGCCACUUACAAAAGAACAGAGCCAUGGUGGCCCCCUGGCCAUAGGGUCUUCGCAUAAUCUGGGGGAAAAUGGUCACAUGAUUAGCAAAAGCAGCCCUGGUUCUUUAAGAGUGUUGAAGGAUCCUCUACUGCCUACGAUGUGCGAAACAAACAGUCUUGGCAGUGUAGAGGCCACCCAGGCACCUGGAGCACCCCAGAAGAUUUCCAAGUUGGCUCUGAGUUUAGACCACUUGCAGCCAGUGACAAAUCUGGUGACCACCUCUGGGAAACCGGAAGAAGUGGAUUCCAAAGAGCAGCCCUCUCCCUUUAGUUUUGAAGAUAAGAAGGAUGUCCGAGAUGCAUCCCACUGCAGUAAUUCAAAUGCUACUUCAAAUCCAGGAGAUCUCACUACCUCGAGAACACCUUGUUUCUCAUCUCCAAAUGUGAUCUCCUUUGGUCCAAAGCAGACAUUUGGGGCUCUGGGUAACAUUGGAGGCCAAGGGAAAAAGCUUUUUGGCCCGAGGAACAUGACUGCAACCAUUCAGUGCCCCAGGCCUGCAGACCCAACACUGCUGCCUUCCGAGGUCCCUCCUGUUUUUCCCAAUAGAAAGUUGGGGCUGAGCAAAAACUCUGUAUCUGAUGGAGUACAGACUGCAAAAGAAGACUGCAUUCCAAAGCCCCCUCCUGCCUCUGUUAGCAGCAUUAAGAAUGAAAAGGCUAUGGGGGGUCCGCUUAAGGCAGAUGCAGAGAACAGGAAAGCUGCUGGGCACAGUCCUCUGGAACUCGUGGGUCACUUGCAAGGGAUGCCCUUUGUCAUGGAUUUGCCCUUCUGGAAGUUGCCCCGAGAGCCAGGGAAAGGGCUCAGUCAGCCUCUGGAGCCUUCUUCCAUUCCUUCCCAGCUCAACAUCAAGCAGGCUUUUUAUGGGAAGCUUUCUAAACUCCAGCUGAGUUCCACCAGCUUUAAUUAUUCUUCCAGCUCACCAACCUUUCCCAAAGGACUUGCUGGAAGUGUGGUGCAGCUGAGCCACAAAGCAAACUUUGGUGCAAGCCACAGCGCGUCACUCUCCUUGCAGAUGUUCACUGACAGCAGCACAGUGGAAAGAAUCUCGCUCCAGUGUGCGUGCAGCCUGAAAGCCAUGAUCAUGUGCCAAGGCUGUGGUGCGUUCUGUCACGAUGACUGUAUUGGACCCUCAAAGCUCUGUGUAUUGUGCCUUGUGGUGAGAUAAUAAAUUAUGGCCACUGGAAAAAUUGUAUAUUUAGUGUGUGUAUUUUGAUAAUGAUGGAUCUUAAAUCUGUAUACAGAAUAACAUUGAUACAAUAGACUCUGUCUCUUUAGGAAAGAGCACUGUUGUCUCACCCUAGAAUUACAGUGCUAAUGCCCUCUGUCACUGGUUACCCUUCUGGUCUGCAGGAAGGGCUUCCUGGGUGGCAGUCUGUGGGUUGGCCAAGGUUGGCCAGCCUGAGUCCUCUUGAGACAGAGCUCACAUGGCAGGGGAAUCCAGCCUGACUUCCAGAGGGACUUGAAACUGAGAUCAGAAGGUUGUGUUCUCCACCAAGGGAACUCACCCACCUGAACUGAGCAGGAACGUCAGUCUUCCACUGCCCCCUCCCUGCCGUCUUCUGCUACUUGGAGGAGUUGAUGGUUGGGGAAGAAGCCACAUAGGGUUAAAUUAACUCCCAUCAUUGCCCACCAGGGGGAUCAAGCACCUGCUGACUUGAGGGUCACAGUUAAGUCGUUUGCUAGUUGAUGGAGCCAGUUUGACUUUUGCAUCUAUUGCUGCAACCAGUUUGGAACAUCCACCAGGCCCACAGGAUUUUUUGGAAGCUUGAGUAUCCCUUCUUGGACAACAGGGUCAGGAAUUGGGGUUGUCUUCUAUGAAAAUACCAUCUGUCAACCUUGUGAGUCAACUGUAUAGACAUUUGCAGGUGACUUUGCUUGCCACCCACCCUGUCACAGUGGACUUGGGGUGGGCAUCUCGAUGCACCUGUGUAUGUGGAAGUCAUUUUACAUUUCCAAACAGUGUGUGUUUCAUAUUUUUAUAUUUUUAACUCUUUAUUCUUGGAUGUAUAAAGUGAACUUUUGGGCUUCUGUAAGUAUGCUCUAUGCACCUCUAAUGUUUUAUCCUGUAUUUAUAUGUUGUACACAGUACUGGCCAAAUCUGUAAAUGGAUGUAUUGUACAGAGAACACGAACAUCUCUUCCUUAUUUUACGUCUUCAACAUCGUUACAUUAAAGUGCUGUCAUUUACUUCUUUAUGCUGAUUGUCAGAGGCACUGAGUGUGGUGCUGCCUGAUAUGAGAGGGAAGUGACUGAUGAUGUCAGGUUGGCCUGGUGUUUUGUCACCUGUCACCAGGCAAUCAACCAUAGCCUGCAGAGCCAUAGUCAGCCCACCUGCACACCACUAAGCAAAUGCAUCUUGCUUCUUGCAUCUCUUCUCUUCCAGCCUUUAAUGGCUGCUUGCUGCAUAUGUGGCAAAUCACCACCACCAGUGUUAAUUGCUUCUGGACUCAUGAGUAGUUCUUUGGGUGGCCACCAGGUAGGCUUUCUGAGUCUGGCUCCAGGGUCCCCACCUGUCACAGCAAUACCUGGUACCGCCAGGCUCCUUUUGACAUUUUUGGCAGCAGGUUUGAGAAGAAACAGCCUUUAUCCCUGCUACCUGCUCCUAACACAUGUCCAACAGGUAGACACCCCUGUUUCUCUUCCCUUACCCUGUUUUCUUGACUUAGUGAAGAGUUGAGAGUCUUCCUUAUUAAUUUAGGUCUGUCUCCCUGUGCGAGUGCUUCUGUGUGAAGUACAAAAUUUUAUGCCUUGGGCAAGUCUCGUCUCAUCUGAAAGCCCCCCCCAUUAAUCAAUCUGAGGUGGUAUUGUCAUCUGAAGCAUGAGUGGGAAGGCAGCAAUGCUGUGGUUUAAAUGCAGUAUAGAUGAAGUUGUCAGCUCGAGUCUGUUUACCAAAGACCAGGAGCAGAGGCCCAAAUGUCCAUUCCUCUUUCUCCUGGGACCUUUGGGGCCAUUCAAAGGUAUAGUUUGACACUGGUCUGGUUCGUGGCGCUGCCCAGAGAAAAGCACUGCUCUUGUAUGUGUUGUGGAAUUGGAAAAAUAAACUUGUACAACCUGCA